AUGAAGAUAGACUUAAAUCCAUAUCUAUUCAAUUUUUUCUAAGUUUAAAAUGUACAAUUUAACAAUACUGUGUUUGAUGGUUCAGUGAAUUUAGGAUUUGUCAAUUUCACAGGUUUAAUGAUCAACUUUUAACUUUUUUAUUCUUUAUAGAUUACAAAUUCAAUCUUUAGCAAUUCGAAAUAAGAUAUACCAGUGAUUUUAGUAACAUAUGGGAAAAACGUAGACAUAAAAAAUAUUGUCGUUAAAUAAAUUGAGAGUUUAUAAUUUAUAUAAAUAUCAUUAAUAGAUCAGCUUACUUUGGUAAAUUUAUAAUUUACUCAGAUAAACACUUUAUCAGUUUAAGAUGUUAUUGAAAAUCCAAUUUAAAACUAUUUAGACCCCACAUUUAACUCUUUAUAAGGCUAAUCUGAUAAGUAUUUAUUAAAUCUUGGAGGAAUUGAUACAACUAAUCUUUCAAAUUUAACUAUAUCAUAUUGUUAUAAUGUUGCCUUAUUAAAUUUAAAUUAUUUUGAGGUAGGAUUAAAUACAAUUCAAAACAGCAAUACUUUUUAUGCAAACAAUAUUAAUAUUACUAAUUUACACUCUAACGUUUAAGAACCUGCAAUUAAUUUAGGAAAUAAAUUAUCAACAAUAAAGAAGCUAAUAGACUGUAAAAAUUUGUAGGUAAUUGAUACUUUAUUCACAGAGAAUUCAGCUUUUGGUGAUGGAGGAGCAAUUUAUUUAUAUAAAAUUUAACAAUCUCUGAUUUAAAAUACAAAUUUUGUAUUAAACUAAGCCUUGGAAAAUUCAGGAGGAGCAAUAUUUUCUUCAAACUCUAAAAUUUACAUAAACAAUUGUAUAUUUAAAAAUAAUGUUUCUAAAAAAGAGAGAGGUGGAGCUAUUUAUUCAGACAAUUCUUAUUUAAAAAUAUAAUUUACUAACAUAAUUCAUAAUAUUGCAUAUAUUGGAGGUGGAAUCUAUUAUAAUUAGAUAAAUAGCUUAAAGAUAGAUAAAUUUAGUUAAAUAUAUGAAAAUAAAGGAAAAUUUUAUGGAAAUAAUUUAGGCUCAUAUCCUAAAAAAUUACUAAAAGUAAAUCAUUAAACUAAAUAAGUUUAUAAUAAAAUAAUAAUAAAGAACUUUUAAAGUGGAAAUUAUACUAAAUAACCCAUUUAUGUAUAAUUUUUCGAUGAAUAAAAUGAAAUGCUAAAUUUUAAUAUUGCAGAUUAAAUUAAUUAGUUUUCUCCGAGCAUAAAAGAAGAGUUAGAAAAUUAUAAAAUAUCAAUAGCAAAUUCAUCUGAAAUAACUAAUUUAACUAUUAUACUCGGGUAAGAGUUACAAUAUAUAAAAACUAUAAAUCUAUUUUAGCUUAAUAUUACAGCUGGAAAUUUUAAAACCACUGAUUUCUAAUUAAUUUUGAUAUCACAAUUUUUUGGAUAAUAGCUUAUUAUAGAUUUAGAUCUCAACUUUAGGAAAUGCUAAAUAGGAGAAGUUUUGUAUCCAAAACAAGGAUAUAUUUCGUGUGAUUAGUGCAUGCCUGGAACAUACUCAUUAGCAGACCCAAACUAAGGGAUAUCAAGUUUCCUAGUUUAAUGCUAAAAAUGCUCAAAUAUUUAUGCAAAAUAAUGUUAUUCAAAUUAAAUCAUACUACAAGACAAUUAUUGGAGAGAAUCAAAGUUAACAGAUAUUAUUUACUUAUGCGAGAUGCUAGGAUGCAGUGAAACAAAUUAAAACUAGAUUAAUGGAUGCAUUUAAGGUUAUAUUGGUCCUUUAUGUAAUUCUUGUGAUUAUAAAGGAAUAUAUUGGGGAGUAAACUACGCUUAAAAAGGUAAAGAAUGUUAUGAAUGUGGUAAAAUAGUCUAAUUAUAUUUCUAUUUGGCCAUAAUAAUUGGAUUUUAUACAUUUUACAUUGUGAUUAGUGUAAAUAGCUAAAUACAAAGCAAUAUUUUAAUUAUAAAAAUUGAAUAUUUAAGAAAAAUGGAGAUACUAUUUUUGAGCAAAACUAAAUUAAGAGGAUUUUAGACUGGAAUUAUUUUAAAGAUAUUUUUUCACUACUUAUAAAUAUUCUCAUCUUCUAUUGAUAUCUACAAUUAUAUUCCAGAUUUUAUAGGAAAUUUUUAUAAGCUUGGUGGUGAUCCUUCUCAAAUAACUUAUACAAAUUUAGAUUGCAUAUAUAAGGAUUGGGUAAUAUCCUAAUUAUGGUUUAAUAGAUUAGUAAUGUAAAUUGCUUAAAUUGUAUUUAUAGUUGGUUUAGUCUUAAGCUCUAGGUAUCUAUUAAGUAGAAACAUAUAAAGAUUCUAUAAAAUUAAGACAUAUUUUAUAUUUAUCUACUUCUUCUAUUAUUCUUCAAUUGUAAAAUUAUUAGUGUCUCUUUGCGUUUGUAAAAAAGUUGGAACUUAUUAUUAUAUGCUUAAUGAUCAUCUUUAAAAGUGCUGGACUUAUGAGCAUGCACUUUUUUAGAUUGGAAUGGUCUAUCCUUUAACUAUAAUUUGGUCUAUUGUAAUACCAUUAAUACUUAAUGAUAAAAUAAAAUCUGCCCUCUAAAAAAAGAAAUAAAAUAACAUUAAGUUUAUUUAAACAUAUUAUUUUAUUUUUCAAGGAUAUAAAUAAAAAUUUUAUUAUUGGGAGAUUCUUAAAAUGUUUUAAAGGUUUAUCAUAAUGAUUAUUUUAAAUUUGGAUAUACAAGCUAUCAUUUAAAGGUAAUUAAUACUCUUUAUUUGCUUUAUAUUUUUAAAGAUAACAAUACAACAGAACCCAUAUUAAUAAAAACAAUCUCAAAAUUUAGAAGUUUUGCUAUAAACAAUGACUUUAAUUACUUUGAUAUUGCAGACAUUAGUUUAUGUAUUAGAAGCUCAGUAUUAUAGACGCUUAGUUUUGAUAAUUAUUAUCAUCAUUUUAAAUUUCUAUAACUUAUUAAAGAUAAUCUUUGAAUAUUAUAGAUCAGCUUUAGAUUUAAUCUUGAAAUCUUAAAAUCAAAAAGCUAAAAAAUUGAUCCAUUUUUUAUUCAAAUUAAAAAUAAUUAGCUUUGAUAUAAAAAAAAAUUAAAUUUAAUUGUAAAGAAUUUCUCAUUUUUGGAAAAAGUUAUAUUCUAAUAGAAAAAUUUUAGUUAAUUCAAUGUAUCUCAACUACUAUCAAAGGAGUAAUUCAAAGAGUUGA